GUAGAAGUUUCCAAAAUGGAGUCUCAAGUUGAUCACGAACUUUCUAUCGAAGAAGAUCUAGUCGAAGUCGAUGAACAUAAUAUGAUCCAUGGCAGUGUCAAAAGGUACAGGGUCAGGAAAGAAGGCAUCUGGCAUAGAGCAUCUUAUAUCUAUGUGAUGAACUCUAAAGGCGAACUGUGCAUCCAUCUUCGAAAAAUGACUAAGGAUUUCUGCCCAGGAUAUUGGGAUCUCUGCGCAGGCGGCUGUAUUCAGUACGGGGAGACAGACCAUGAAAAUGCUAAGAGAGAGCUAGAAGAGGAAUACGGAAUCAAAGGCUAUGAACUUGAAUUUGUGUCAUCAUUUAAGUAUGCUGAUGAUAAAAACAAGUGCUGGGGAUCUGUAUUCUUUGUAAGUCAUAGUGGAAAAAUUAUAAUUCAGGAGGAAGAGAUUGAUGAGUAUAGAUGGGUCAGUCUUGAAGAUAUUCAAAAUGAAUACAUUGAUGACCCUGAUGUGAAAGUAACCCCUGAUAGUAGCUACAUCUUGAAGACUAUGAAAGAGCACUAUUCUCAUCUCUUUACAUCUAAAGGGAAGAAAAAAACAGUUAUCAAAUAAAAUUGCAAGGAUUCUACAUA